AUGGUCAGCUGUUUUUCCAGGCAUGGAGACCAUACUGGAAUCAGAGCCACCAACAGUGGACGACAAUCAAGAUGGAACGAUUUCAAAAGAUAAGAAUGACAGCUGGUUGAUUGUGAAGGAGUGGCUGCUGUCUCUGUCUGUGCCGAAACGAGGAUUGUACAUCUUCAUGUCUCUGCUACUCUUUAUGUUCCAACUGGUCCUGCUGGGCAUUGAUAUGAUCCUGCACUUUGUCAUCAAAGACCUUAGUUUUUCCAGCCAGAACCACACAGAGGCCACAUUGGUGUUCCUGGUAGUCAGUUUCUACUGGUCCCUGUUGGGUUCUGUGUAUUCCCUUCAAGCAGGAUAUCGCAAGAUGGGGUUCUACGCCCUUCUCUCAGUCUUCUUGAACCUGGCGAUGUUCAUCAUUCGGUUCUGUUACGAGUUCAUCACGAUCCAGUACAGAAAAGAGGAGUUCUGAGACACCAAUAAAUUGAUUUCCU